AUGUAGAAACGGGCGUGCACUUGUAACAAUAGUCAAUCUAGGCAGUCCACUUUUAAACACUCACUGCGAAUAUGUUUGUGUUUUAAUACUGCUUAUCUUAAAAUUGUGUUCAUCCUAUACUUCUUUUUAACAAUUUCUUUUGCUACAAUAUGUUCAAAAGAAGGGCUGGGAUUCGCUCGUUGAAGAGGAUGUUAAAGAUGGAACUCGUUGAGGAGCUCUUAGAGGAAAGAAAAACUGGUGAGCAAAAGGACAAGCAACUGGCGAAGCUAAAAAUCACAAUCGAGGAUUUGGAUAAACUUCGCCAGGAGGAAGACGAGAUAAAUAACAAACUGGAAGAGGAGAUGGACAAACAGCAACUAUUGCACGAACAGUUGCAAGCCAACAAGAUUUUAACAAAGCAGCUAGAGAAGAUUGCCUUGGAGAAUAGGUGCAGCAUAUGCCUGUUUCCUUGGGAAGCGAAUAACUAUCACCGCCUGGUUUCGCUCAAAUGUGGUCACCUUUUUGGGGAAAUGUGCAUCCGAACCCACUUGCAGCAGUCGAAUAUUUGCCCUAUAUGCAGAAAAAUAGCUGUUGGAAGAGACGUCCGGCGUGUGUUAUUAAACCACACCCCAUAAAAAUCUGAUAUUUAAAAAUUAUUUCUUACAAAUCAUUAAAGAUUUUCAUACCUCUUA